GGCCGGCGCAGUCGUGUCGUCGGCCGCGUCUGCAGCAUGGCCGGCCUGGGGCGGCCGGAUGCGUGCCCGCGUGCCGCGAUCCCCGCCUGGAAGCGGGAGAUCCUGGAGCGCAGGCGGGCCAAGCUGGCCGCCCUGGGCACAGGCCCGGCGCCCGCCGUGGCCCCCGAAGGCUCCGCCGAGCCGCUGGUGGUGGCCGAGAGCCUGGGCCCGCUGCGGGAGAACCCAUUCAUGCGGCUCGAGUCGGAGCGGCGGCGCGGGGCGCGUCCGGCGCAGCCGCUGCUGGAGCUCUACUGCCGUGUGCCGGGCGUGCGCACCAUCCGCGCCGACAACAUCCUCAUCAUCGAGUCUGCGCCCGGCUUCCCGCCCGCCGCGCCGCCGGCCGCCGGCAUCCGCGCCGCCGAAGUGCUGGUGUUCGAGGCGCCGCCGCCCGGCCGUGUCAGCCGCCUGCUGGAGAAGUUCGACCCGACGGCCGCGCCGCGCCGCCACGGCAGCUCCGAGUGCGCCCGGCCCGUGCCGCCUACACCACCGGCCCCUGGCCCGCGCGCGCUCGCCCCCUGGCCCGCCGCUCCCCCAGAUCCGCCACUCGCGAUCCCCGGCCCGGCUGCACCCCCAAGUCCGCCGCCUGCGACCUCCCUUUCCCGCGGGGGCCAGCGCAACGCCCGCUGCGAGCCCGGGCGUCCCGGAGGCGGGGCCGGCCCCCGGUCCCGGCGCAACGACUUCCUGCAGAAGACUGGAAGCAACUCCUUCACCGUCCACCCCCGAGGCCUGCCCCGCAGCGCUGGCGCACGUCUGCUCCCCAACGGAGCCUCGGCCCUCGAGCCCCGAGCCCGCCCUGCCAACGGGCUCGUGGGCCCCGCGCCUACGCCGGGCGAAUGGAAGCCAAAGGUGGAGUCGGGGGAGCUCCCCCUCCACCCGCCCCCCAGCCCCGGGACCCCGAGUGCCACUCUAGCCGCGUCCCCUGCCUUCCCAGCCCGGGAGCCCAGCCGUGCCAGUGCCACUCCAAACCGGGUCUCCUCCGCCACCAGCGCCAACAACUCCUUCGAGAUAAGGCCGGCCCCCAAGCCAGACAUGGACACCAUCCCCUUGGGGGACCUCCAGGCGCUUGCCUUGGCCUCGCUCCGUGUGAACUCCCGCAACUCCUUCAUGUUCAUCCCCAAGUGGAAGGUCUCUGAGGCCCUUCCCGAAAGGAGGCAGUCUGUGGAGCUGCCAAAGGGAGCGGCGAACCCGGUCUCUCAGAGCCAGGAGCUUGGAGUCCAGCCGGCACCCGGAGAGGAUGGUGCAUCUGCCCUGGGAAGCAGCCCCUUGAGGGUUGAAGUGCAGUCAGCUGUUGAUGGGGGCUGCCCCCGGCCAGCCACUGCCCUCACAGACCGGGCUGUUACGCGGCAGAGGCCAUCCUCGCCACCCCUCUUCCUCCCGACCACUGCUGAAGCUGAGCCUGCUGUGGGCUUGGGGAUUCCCGGCUUGGCCAAGAAUGUCGGGGAGCCUGGGAUGCCAGGACUGCCCGUCACCUUCAUUGAUGAAGUGGACUCGGAGGAGGAGGCCCCGCAAGAAGCCAAAGUGCCCUGCUCAGGGGCUGGUGUGCCUCCGCAGUACCACCUGCACCCUUCCGGGCCCGGGCACAUCUCGGAGCUCCAGCACCGGGGCAGUAACACCUUCACGGUGGUGCCCAAGAGGAAGCCAGGGACUCUGCAGGAGCUACACUUCAGUCAGGCCAAUGGAGAGCCCCAACCACAGGAGGGUGAGGAAGGGGAGGCCAGGAGCCUCUUGGGGCCCCAGGCCUUGAAGAUCACAUUAAAGAAGCGCUACCCCACCGUGCACGAGAUCGAGGUGAUUGGUGGCUACCUGGCCUUGCAGAAGUCCUGUCUCCUCAAGCCUGGCUCCUCGAGAAAAAAGAUGAAGAUAUCCUUCAAUGACAAGAGCCUGCAGACAACCUUCGAGUACCCCUCCGAGAGCUCACUGGUGCGGGAGCAGGAGGGGGAUUCUGAGGAGGAGGAGGGAGAGGAGGAGGAAGAGGAGGAGAAUCACAGUGCUGAGAAGCCCUAUGCCCUUUUUCUGCCCCGGGCCACAUUUGUGAGCAGUGUGGGACCUGAGAGUCCCCGGCUGCUGGACAGCAACUCUGACCUGUCCAGCUAUACUCCCAAGCACUCCGUGGCCUUCAGCACAUGGCAGGAACAGACACUGGCACAGGCCCCAAGUGCGAUGGAGCCCCCCCAGAAGGAGGUGAUGCUCACACCUGCCAGUCAGGAUGACCUCUCGGACUUCCGCAGUGAGCCAGCCCUUUAUUUCUGAUCCUCAGCUGUGGAGCCCAGGAACUGACUGCAUUCUGCACCCCCUUCUUUCCUGUGGCUGGGAUGUGCCGGCCUGGGAAGCAGCAGGGCUCCUGCUGUUGGGGCCAGGUCUCUCUGGGGCUCACUCCAGGUUAGGGGCUCCAAGAGUGGUGACAGGAGGUGCCUGUGGGGAGGGCCAGGUCCUACUGGAUGGUGGUUCACCGGUGACCAAGGGCCCCAGGCUGCCCUCUGUCCUGCUGCCAAGGCUGUCUCCCAGCCCCUCCCUGCUGUGCCCAAGCACUGUCAGGCAUGUCCCAGAUGAGGGGCUGCUGUUCUCUGGAGGACUCCAAGGCCCCCCCCAAGCUAACAUUCCCACCCUUUAUGAUAGAUGGCAGCUUUUUUUUUUUUUUUUUUGGUACCGGGGAUCGAACUUGGGUCCUUGUGCUUGCGCAGCAGGCGGCAAGACUACUGAGCUACAUCCCCGGUCCAGAUGGCAGCUUUUGCCUCUGAUGUCGGACCCAAUAAACAGCACUGGACAAA